UCCCAGCAUGCACGCAGGCUGUGUGUAGCUGCCUGUGAAUUGUUGCUGAGUCCGGACACGAUCAGGCUCGGGACUGGGAGUCACACAGGAGCUGCCCAUUCAAAUACUGAGGAUCAGCGCCCGCAGGAGUCCGCUGGCCGGGUGUCCACCAUGAACACCAUCAGACAGGUCCCAGCCAAGGUGCUGCACCGCCGUUCGGUGCACAGUCUGGAGGCAGAGAGAGAGCAGUUUGACAGGCAGCAGGCUGCCAGCAUCAGCAAAGCUAUUAAUAGCCAGGAGGUACCCGUCAAAGAGAAGCAUGCACGAAGAAUUAUACUGGGAACACAUCAUGAGAAAGGUGCAUUUACCUUCUGGUCCUAUGCCAUUGGUCUUCCAUUAUCCAGCAGUUCCAUUAUGAGUUGGAAGUUCUGUCAUGUCCUGCACAAGGUCCUCCGAGAUGGGCAUCCAAAUGUUCUUCAUGACUUCACCAGGCAUAAAAGUAAUAUCCGUGAAAUGGGAAACUUAUGGGGCCAUAUGCAUGAUCGGUAUGGGCAGUUAGCAAGUGUCUAUGUCAAACUUCUCAGCACCAAGAUGGAUUUUCAUAAAAAGCAUUCUGAGUUCCCCCCGAAUCUGGAGGUAACUGAUGAAGUAUUGGAUAAAGCUUCAGGCACAGAUGUAAACAACAUAGCAUUGCUCUCUUUUUGGAGCUUCCAGCUUACGGUGGAAAUGUUUGAUUAUAUGGACUGCGAGCUGAAAGUUGCUGAAAGUGUAUUCAGAUCACUGGAUACCUCCUAUGCAGUAUCACAGACACCCUCUGGUCAGUGUCGCCUAGCACCUCUCAUUCAGGUGAUCCAGGAUUGCAGCCACCUUUACCACUACACUGUAACACUAAUGUUCAAGCUCCAUUCCUGUCUGCCUGCCGAUACUUUGCAAGGACACAGGGACAGAUUCUAUGAUGAAUUUCACAGCCUAAAGAGUUUCUUUAGCCGAUCUCGUGACAUGUUAUAUUUCAAGCGGCUAAUCCAGAUUCCAAAAUUGCCUGAGAGUCCUCCAAAUUUUUUGCGAGCUUCUGCCCUGGCAGAACAUGUGAAGCCAGUGGUGAUUAUCCCAGAUGAGGCCCCCGCAGACGAUAUCGAAGAACCAGAAAGUCUUAUCGAGGUCUCGACAGCUCCAGUGACCGAAUCUCAGAAUUUGGUGGACGUGGACAUAUUUGACGCUACAUUUGGUCCCCCAAAGAAUAAUGGUUUUGUGAAAGAUGAUAGAGAUCUUCAGAUUGACAACCUGAAAAAGGAGGUGGAGCUGCUGAAAGCUGAGAUAGAAAGAGUAAAGUCUGAGGCCCAGAAGUACAUUGCACAACUGAAAGCCCAGAUUAAUACCUUGGAGGCCGAGCUGGAGGAGACACGUAAACUGAAGCAGAAGGCCCUGGUUGACAAUGAGGAACUGCGCGUUGAGCUGGAGAACCUGCGGAAGCAGAAAUGCGAUACGGAUAAAGCACAGUUUAUGUUGAUCGAGGCAGAGAAAAAGGUACAAGCAAAUGAGCAACGCUACAAUAAACUGAAAGAAAAACACAGUGAUCUCGUCAACACCCAUGCUGAGCUCCUCCGAAAGAGUGCUGAGACAACAAAGCAACUGACGGUUACACAGCAGACCCGGGAAGAGGUGGCCCGUACAAAACAAGAGCUUGAAUUUGCCAUGGAGGAAGCUAAAAGGGAAGCAGAGAUGAAGCUAGAGGACCAGAACUUUGUAAUGGAACAGCUGAAAAGGGAACUGGCUGCAAGUAAGGAGGAACUGUCUACCAUCCAGGUCUCACUGCGGAACUCUGAACAGGCCAGCUCAGAGAUGAAUUCUAGGCUGCAGGGCCUGGAGGCAGAGAAGGACAAUCUGAGGAAAACAGUGGCUUCAAAGGAAGCAGAAGCGUAUUCCCUGAGGAACAUGAUUCAGGAAAAAGAGACGACGAUACGCACUGAGAAAGACAAGAGCUUGAGGGAACUGGAAGAACUCCAGGACAAAUUCACGGAGAAGGCAAAUCGAGAGCAGAUGCUGCAGCAGAAGCUUCUGGAUGAACAGUUCAAUCUGGUCCAGGAAACUGUAAGAGAAGCUGAGAACAUCAUUCAAGACGCAGUGGCGAAACUAGACGAUCCACUGCACAUCAGAUGCACCAGUUCACCAGAUUACCUGAUAAAUAGGACAGAAGCUGCCUUAGAGUCGGUGAAUUUGAUGGAACAGGGACACUUUGAGUACUUGAAGAACAUGGAAGAUGCCAGUGGCCUCCUUAAAGCACUGACCAGGUUUGCACACCUGACUGCAGAUACCAUAGUCAACGGCAGUGCCACUUCACAUCUGGCUCCAACUGAUCACGCUGACAGACUGACUGAUAACUGCAGAGAGUGUGGUGAUGAGAGUGUACGCUAUUUGAAUGAUCUGAAGGAUAGGCAGUCAAUUGCCCACGCUGAUCCAGCUGAAGUGAGGAGAGUAAUGCGGAGAAUUCUCGAUCUUGGACAGGAAUUGAGGCCUAAAAGCAUUGAUAUCAGACAAGAGGAACUUGGGGAUAUGGUGGAUAAGGAAAUGGCACAAACAUCUGCAGCCAUCGAAGAUGCGGUAAAGAGGAUUGAGGAAAUGAUGAACCAGGCCCGGAAAGGAAGCUCUGGAAUUAAACUUGAAGUCAAUGAAAGAAUCUUGAACUCCUGCACAGAUCUGAUGAAGGCGAUAAGACAACUGGUGAUGGCUUCUACAAGUCUGCAGAAGGAGAUUGUGGAAAGUGGACGGGGGGCAGCAACACCAAAAGAAUUCUAUGCUAAGAAUUCCCGUUGGACGGAAGGCCUGAUAUCUGCUUCCAAAGCUGUGGGAUGGGGUGCAACACAACUGGUAGAUUCAGCUGAUAAAGUUGUCCUGAAGACUGGGAAAUACGAAGAGUUGAUUGUCUGUUCACAUGAAGUCGCAGCCAGCACAGCACAGCUUGUGGCUGCAUCAAAGGUGAAGGCUGCCAGGAGCAGCAGAAAUCUCUCCAGACUGCAGCAGGCCUCCAGGCAUGUGAAUGAAAUGACGGCAAAUGUCGUGGCUUCAACUAAGUCAGGGCAGGACCAAAUUGAAGAUAAAGAUACUAUGGACUUCUCAGGAAUGUCGAGGAUUAAACUUAAAAAGGAGGAGAUGGAAACACAGGUGAAAGUGUUGGAGCUGGAAAAUAAACUGCAGCAGGAGAGAAUGAAACUGGGAGAUUUAAGGAAGAAACACUAUGACCUGGGAGGAAUGUGUGAUGAAAUAUUGGAGGAUGAAAAGCCACCUUCUAAACCGGAAAUUUCCAAGAAGCCACCACUUUUCCAAAAACCCAACAUCCCGGCAAAGAAAGAUACUCAGCUAAAUGCAGCCGACGCAACUUAUAUUUCUCAUUUACGAAGUUAUCAUUGAAGAAAGGAAUGAAAAUGUCUGCAGUGUUUUGGAAGGGGGAAGGGAUGGUCUCCUCCCUGCUGCUCAUCAGACGGCAGUGUUACAUUCCAGAAAUGUACUUGUUCAUUUUAUCAAAUUACUUGUUUUUAUCAGAUUGCUUCCAAUCAAACUAAAAUAAUUUGUUUGGAACGUAAAGGACAGGCGCUAACUUAUCACAGAAUAAUCACAUUAUUGUAAGCAUAGAUUAAUUUUCAGACUGGUCAAGUGGGAUAGAAUGGGAGGAGCUACAUCAAAGCAACUGUUCUCAGAGCAACUAUUCAUUUGGAGCCUUUGUGAAGAGAAAUCUAUCAUAAAUCAGACUGUUAGUAAUUAUAUUGAAUUUUUUUCUACAAAGUUUGUUAAAGUGUUCUGGUACACUUGAGCAUUGCUGCCGGGACAGAAAAUUUGACGAUUUGCUGCAAAGUGUCAGCAACACUAUCCAUGAAGUAAUGAAAUAUUAGUAAAAUAAUUUCAGAAGCUUUGUACAUACCUUCCUGGGAAACAACAUUUUUCGAUUGAAAUCUAUCGAGGAAAGUCUUUUUGUAAGUGGAUAUUUUAAUGGGUGGGGUAUAUUUAUUAGGAAUAGUCAAGGUGUAACAAAUUUGCUACAUAAACGGUCUUCAGCCAUGUUUCUGAAUUUCAUGUAUGAAAACAUGUAUUUUAAAUGUGAAAUUGGAAAUAAACGGUUAUUAACA